GACUUUUCAGUUCCUUUCAUUGUAUAUACGGAUGCCAGCGAUUACGGACUCGGUGCCGUCUUGUCGCAACGAAGAGGUGAUCAUGAAUGUGUGAUCGCGUACGCCAGUCCAACACUGACGCCAGCAGAAAGAAAUUACUCGACGACAGAGAAAGAGUGUUUGGCCAUCGUAUGGACAGUGAACUAUUGGCGGCCAUAUUUGCUCGGUAAAGCGUUCGACAUUGUGACGGACCACCAAAGUUUGACAUGGUUGCAGGGGCUAAAGGAACCUAAAGGCCGUCUUGCUCGGUGGAUACUCGCCUUGCAGGAAUACGAAAAUAAACAUCGGCCGGGGAAACAGCACGACAAUGCAGAUACACUUUCCAGGUUCCCUCGAGGGUCACUCGCUCUUGUUCCGGAUUGGAGCCCCGAUGAGGACCUGAUGGUCGGAGUAGCAGCCACGGAAGUGAAUGCAUCGUGGUCGAAAGAAGAGAUAAUCAAGGCGCAACAGCACGAUCCAAGCAUUUUUUUGGUAGUGCAGAAGCUACGUUGCACUAACACAGCACCAAAGGAAGACGAGGAUGGUUGGAAUGGAAAUGAGAAACUGUAUCCUACAUCAUUGUGUGGAUAA